UUUACGGACAUGGAUCGUUGAGCUACCGUAGUAGCGCACUGCGCAUCGCCUGAAUUCUCUAUUUGACAGAAGCACAAAUUUAAGUGUAGUAUUAUAUAUAUAUAAAUGUUGUCGACCGACAGGUGUAGUGAUUUUUAAAGUGACAGUCCAGGUAUCAUCAUGGAACAAGAACCGUGUGAUAGAAACGAAGCAAACUUCCAAGACAUUCAGUGUAAGAACUGUGGAACCUCCGAGGACUCUAGUUCUUCCAGUGAGCAGUCCGAUAAAAUGGACAUUGUCCGAGAUGGGGAUUGUAACCUUAGAAGAUCUUCCAGAAAAAAGAAAAAACUGGACGAUGAAAAUGCGUCCGCAGAAUAUAACUUGAGGAACAUUACUUUGGUAAAUCGAGUGCAAAGUGAACGCAAACGCCGAGAGCCGAGGCAACCGAAGCCAAAAGCCAAACCACCUCCGCUCAGCAAAUACAGGCGAAAGGCAGCAAAUGCGCGCGAAAGGGGACGGAUGGUGGAAAUCAACGACGCAUUUGAGGAUCUCCGAAAAGUGUUACCCGAUAUAGAAGCAGGGAAAACGUCAAAGCUUACAAAAAUCACAACGCUUAGGUUGGCAAUGAACUAUAUUUCGGCCCUCAGGCAGACUCUGGGUCAUGACGAUGAUUUGAAUUCGGAUGCAUCUUCUCUCCGAUCUUCCAGUCUAUCUUCCUCCGGCGAUGAACAGUGCUUAAGUCCGUCUGACGGUGAGUUGAUACCACCUGACGAUGCAGACAUUCUAGGUGACGAUGAUGCAGACGACAUUCUAGCAGCUAAUAUUGACCUUGUUCAGUUAGAUCUAGACGCAAGCUCAGAUCUGCUGCUAACGUAAAGAAGCUUUAACAACGAGCAGGACCUGUGAUUCUCGACCUAGCCUCGAUCUCAAACUAAUGCUCAGCUUCAAGUGAUGCAAACAACGUGCGACAAGAUACGCUUAGCCUUAAUCCUUGCUCAAUUCAACAGGGGAAGCUACAGUUAUAUCAGAGGACCAAACUGGUUCAAAGCGACAAUUGAAGUGAGGUUUUUGAUUCAGUGGCGUGUUUUGUUGGAUGCCUCGAAAGAUACUCAGUGUUUCGGGGGUCAGAUAACUUCUGCAAUCAAGUUUUUUACUUAAUAGCAUAAUCAGCGAACAUCCUCAAAGACCGUUGUUUAUUUUGUGAUAUGACAUGUCUCAAGACGAAACUUUUAAUUUUUUUAUGGCUAAAUCUAUUUUUAUUGAUUUACAUUGUAAAUGAUUGUAAAUGAUGUCAAUGUCGUAAAUCACGACAAUGCUGUAGUGUUUGUGACAGAAAAGAACUCAUUGACGGCGGACCCACGACGUUUUUAUAUUACUCUACCUCAGGAAAGUUUUAACUUACAGACUUGAAAUGACUUCAAGAGGCCUGCACAUUUAAUGCAUCCCCUCUAAAAGACAAUAUUGAAGUACCAGGAAUACAAAUAUGAAUGGACAUGAAACUGUGAAUAAUCUGUAUUUAAAAGCAGAAAACUGUUUUUAUUCUCAACGAUGAACAAUAUUUUUGUAACUAUUUAUAUAUCUCUACCCAUAUAGACUUAACACAAUGGAAAAAAUCUGUACCAGAUUUUGUAGAGAGAAUUAUCUUUUUAUAGACAUGAAAGAUUUAUUGAUGUUUCAAAGAACAGUGUUAUGUUUGGUCUGUUUUAAUCUCCAAAGCAAUAUUUAUUCGAUUACAUUAAGCACAUCUGAAUAUAAAAUGCAUGUAUGGUAUAUAUUUUAUCUAAAUAACCAGAGAGAAUUUUAAAAGACUGGGUCGUUAACGAGUGACGAAUCUUAAACCCUGAGUAAAUACCCGGUCUUGGACAAGGAUUUGCUGAGAGGGAUCCCCAACUAUUCCAUCUUUGACCUAGUAAUUACAAAAGACUGUCUUUUUUCUAUCAAACAACCCACUUUAGGCUCUCUUGUAAUAAUCACUCUUUUGUGUGCGUUUUUAGACUGCAACGUUAAAACCCAAAUCCGUUGAUCGUCUGUUGACAUCAAAUAGUUUCAGAGAAGGCCUGCUUGUACAGACUCAAAAUAUCCCAUUACAGGCUAACCAUAAUAUUGAGCUAAAAGUUCAAACCCCUCCUGUAAUACUUUGCAAUGAUUCGCCAACGAAGUUGAUACAUUCUUUUCUCGAUGAAAGACAGCCUCAUUUUCAAAAUUUCUUGAAAUAGCCAAGUUGUCAUUUUUUAUAAUUAAUCAAAUUUGGCAUUUAACAUAUCGUAAUGAAAAAUGACCGUUAAAGUGUCUAAUAUUCACAUAUCUUUGUC